AUGGGUUUAGAUCCUUACAACCUCGCUCGUUUCUUAGCGGCGCAAGAUGCGCCAACCCGAGCCUUUGGAUUAGGGAAUUACACACAAGCUCUCGCGGAGAUAAAGGCAGGCAACAAAGUGAAGGAUUGGAUAUGGUACAUAUAUCCUCAAGUUCUCGGCCUUUAUGCAUCCGCGAACAGCAGGACGUACGGCAUCACUAACCUCGAAGAAGCCAGAGAGUAUCUGAGACAUCCAGUCCUGGGACGACGACUUCUCAAGAUGAUGCUCGCAUUAUGGGAAUCUGGUAGCGGCAGAAUUGUCAAUAUCAUGGGGAAAACAAUAGACGCCGACAAGCUGCAUGCCUGCAUCACGUUGUUUAUGCGUGCUGAUCCCAACAUGGAUAUUAUCUCUGUACACUGGGACGAUCCAGAAGACGCACCUAACGGCUGGCCCUUAUGGCAGAACACUCUGGAUGGCUUUUAUCUAGGUCGAGAUCCUUCGGACGCAGCAGCUGGAUGCGCGAAGACCAGGAGCGGGUAG